AUGUUUGACAGCGGGCAGUAUGUGUCAGAGAGCGGCACGGUCCCCCUGCUGCUGUCUGUCUACAUCUUCACCUUCCUGAUGGGCGUCCCCGCCAACAUCCUGGCAUUCUGCACCUUCUGCCGCAAGGUGCGCACCCGGGCGGCGCCCAUCGACGUCCUCCUCCUCAACCUGACCAUCUCCGACCUCAUCUUCCUGGCUUUCCUGCCCUUCAAAAUGAAGGAGGCCUCGGACAAAAUGGCCUGGGUGCUGCCCUUCCCGCUGUGUCCGUUCACCGGCUUCGUCUUCUACGUCACCAUCUACAACAGCACCCUGCUGCUCACCGCCGUGGGUGUGGAGCGCUACCUGGGGGUGGCCUACCCGCUCAGGUACGCGCUGUGCCGCAGGCCUCGCUACGCCGUGGUGGCCUGCGCGCUCUUCUGGGUGGUGACCUCCUUGAACCUCAGCAUCGUCUACAUCAUCCCGUACGCCCAGUGGGGUAACGACGGGGCCGAGCCGCCGUCCACCUGCUAUACCAACUUCACCGAAGCCGAGCUGGAAAUCCUGCUGCCGGUCCGCCUGGAGCUCUUCUUGGUCCUCUUCUGCGUCCCCUUCGUCAUCUGCUGCUUCUGCUACGUGAACUUCAUCCUCAUCCUGUCGCGCCUCCCCAACAUCAGCAGGCGGCGGAGGCUGCGGGCCAUCGGGCUGGCCCUGGGCACGCUGGUGGUUUUCGCCGUCUGCUUCGGUCCGUACAACGCCUCCCACGUGGUGGGCUUCGUGCACCAGGAGAGCCAGGAAUGGAGGAACGUGGCGCUGCUCUCCAGCACCCUCAACGCCUGCCUGGAUCCGUUCAUCUUCUACUUCUCCUCGGCGGCGGUUCGGAGCAUGCUCAAACACUGUUUUAAGAACGUCGUGGCGAAGCUGCACAUCCUGAGGAGAGGAUGAGCUGCUCGCGACCGCAGUGGACCAUGUCAGUCGAGGAAGUUCUUUUAACCGUCUUGUGUUGUCUACGUUACUCCCCCAAAAAACAGACAAACUAAACAAGGGGCAUUCAUCUUUUGGCUCAAAUUGGCUCAUUCUAGACUUGCGCAUCUGUUCAAUGUUUCAGUUCUUUUCGCUAGGCCUGUUUAAUCAACUGAUAUCGCCCAAAUUCAA